AGCUUUUUCGUCUUCCCGUUCCGUCCGUUUGAAUUCCGCUCCCGAAGAACUCCAACUUUUCUUUUCUUUAUUUUGUUGUAAAAUCUGAACGUUUUUUUUAAGUUCGGAUUAUUAUUUUAAUUUUAUUCCCGCUGUAAUAUUUAACAAUCUUAAGGUAGUAGCCUCGAUGGAGUUCGGAUUCGGCAUUGUAGGUUCCUCCGGCAACGGGAGGAGUUCCGAAAUCCCGGUGGAAACCUCUUCGGUUGCCAUGGUUGUGCCGUCCUCACCACUGCCCUUCGGGUCAAGUGUGGGGGCCGCAACCAUGACGUCUUUCUCGAUGCCGAGCUCGAUCUUCGGGUCGGCCCCUCGACCCAUUCCCGGGCUCGAAACCACGAGGGACUACCCCGUUGGUAAUUCGAACCCAUUUCUUGGACCGACUGUGGCUUCGGCCUCGACGGUCAACUUUGGACCGAACGCUGGUUUCCCCGCACCGGUCAAUCCAUUCGUUGGACCUCAUUGGGCGACCAACAGGCCUUUCCUCCACACGCCCAACGCAGUUGGGGCGAUUUCGGUGCCGGCUAGUUCGGUCCAAAGGCCACCGAAGUUCAAUGGCACGAACUCCAAAAUGUGGCAACAAAAGAUGACGUUCUUCUUGACCGUCCUAGGAUUUGCUGAGUACCUGCAGCAAGAUCCUCCCCAGCCCAACGAAGCCAACGACCCCCUCGUGGCGAUGGUGAACCAAGCAUGGUACCACAACAACUAUCUCGUCAUCAACAUUAUCCUUGAGGGGUUGGGAGAUACGCUGUACCCCGUCUACGCCGGUGCAAAGCUUGCCAAGGAGCUUUGGAACAGCUUGAACAAAAAGUAUCAAGCUGAAGAUGCCGGCACAAAGAAGUUCAUCGUCGGGAAAAUGCUGGACUACAAGAUGUUCGACAGAAAAUCUGUUGUCGCCCAGGCUGAGGAGCUUACGGUAAUCUUCAACAAAUGCAAUGAAGAAAAAGUAGGCGUCAGCGAGGCCUUCCAAGUGGCGGCCAUCAUCCACAAACUUCCCCGGUCGUGGGAAGACUUCCAAGCCGACCUCAAGCUCAAAAGAACGGAGCUGAACUUGGAGCAACUGCUCACGCGGUUGAGGAUUCGAGAGGAAGGGCUUGCCAGAAGAGGUGGAGGGGCAAAGGCGAAUGUGGUAGAACAUCCGUCGGGCUCCUCACAUGGCGGGAAGGACAAAAAGAAAAUAGGUCCUAAGGGUGGCGUUUCUAAAUUCGCAGGAAAAUGCUACAAUUGUGGCAUCACCGGGCAUCGUUCCUCCGACUGUAGGAAAAAGAAGCCACAGAAGAACAAGAAGAAAACCACAAAAGCCAUGUGCACAGAGCUCGACAACUUGGACCUCUGCGCAGUCGUCACUGAGGUGAAUCUCGUCGGGUCAAACCCGAGGGAAUGGUUUGUGGACACAGGGGCCACACGCCAUUUUUUCUCAAACAGGAGCAUGUUUCACGACUUCCAAGAGACCUCUGGUGACAAGGAAUGCUCCCGGUCCCGGAGGAGCGGGACGAACGACGCCGAUGUUCUCCGGCUUGCCACGGCCCGGUAUCAAGACGACGGGCACCAAGGCAAGGUGCCCGUCGAUCUUUUGAGGAUUUUGAGCAGUUCCCCGAAGUGGCAACAACUCAACAAUCCCGACAGCGGAUCGUUCCGGAAAAGAUCCUCCGUCGACGCAGAGGUUGAGGUCGACGAGACUAUCGGUUCGACCGAUCAAAUCCCUCCCUUCAACAUUGCGGAUUCCGAUGACGAGGACCCCAUUCCACGGUCGAUCGGAAGGAAGAAGGCAAAAUCCAUUGCCUCGGGUUCGGGAGGGUCCGGCUCUGUUUCCGUUUCUUCCCGCGACGAAAUCGGCCGGGAAAUGGUUGAACGACUUCGGGCGUUCAAUCUCCGAGAACAAGAGAGGUUGAAGCUAAAGGAGAAGGAGUUGAAGCUAAAGGAGCAGGAGGCCGAGAUGAAAGUCAUGGAAACCGACCUUUCUACGUUGUCGGAGAUUGGACGAAUGCUCUACGAGCAAAGAAUAAAAGAGAUCAAGGAGAAAUAUAAUUUUCCUUAGUUUUUUUAUUAAUGCCGUAGCGUCCAAGUUUAAUUGUAGCUUAUACGGAAAUUAAAUUUGACUGUCAACACUUAAAAAUAUUAACUUCCAACAUGAAAUGUUAUCCAAAUCUCUAACGGUAAUUAUCAAUCGUUAUUCCCAAAUAAAAAACAAAACACAAUCCGCAGAUACAAGAGACGCCUAUGGGAACAACAAAUCAACAGUUUGACAAACCAUAGUUACCAGCAAAUUUAAAUACGAAAAAACAAUGUUACAAAUGGGAACACACCAAUGACUUGCAUUUUAAUGCAUUCUCCACCAGGAUUGUCAUAUCAUAUCAGGAGCAGCAGUACUAUUCAACAAGACAAAUAGUUUGUCAUGUUUGUAAAGACAUUGGUGUCAAACUUGGGGUCACGUUUGGAGUACCCCAGCAAGCAUGACUCUUUUUGGUUAACCUUAGCCUGGGGAGGAAUGGGUUU